AUGCUCGCAGUUGGAGGCUGCUGUACACACCAAACUGCAACUUCAAAAGUCGCCGCCAGCGCCCUCAGAAAAGUCGCCGCCAGGCGGAUCGGAUGCGCCAGUCCCGCUCCCGGCUGCGGUGCAACGUGCGCCGGCUCCAAACGCGCCGACUCCUCGAGUCAGUCAAACCCCUGCGGCGCGGCUCAUGUCAGGGGCAGCCCUGUCCCUGAAUGCCCCGCCGCCGACGCAAGCACGACAGCGCAGAAGACACAUUAUCGCCGCUGGUGCCAGUCAACCCACCGACGGAACCCACUCACACACAGACAGACAGGCGCACGCACGCACGCACGCCAACUGUCGCGAGUCGACGACACUCUUCGAUCCACAUCCGCGGUUGUAUGCUGCGCCAGCUGA